AUGAACUACGUGGUGCAAUAUUUGUGUGGUUGCGUUACAAUAAGCUCAUAAUUAUGACUAACGAACCUGACCCUCACCGAAUGUGGUGUGACCUUAAAGCCUAUAUAGAUAAAAAGCCACCAGAUACCUGUUCUGCUGCAACACAGGAUGAGUAUUUUGUAGGAAUCCAGAGUAGCUUUGUUCAGUUAAUCACACGUUUCCCUCUCUUCACCGUUGAACAUAAAAUAGAGCUAGAAAUGUGGAAUGUUCUGUAUAAAACUCAAAUUAACUCACUACAGUCGUUGUUAAACCAACGUUUAUCCGGUACCGGAAACAGUGGAUCUCUUAAAUGUUCUACUAUGGAGCUCAAACUUCGAUUGGUUUUAUUGUUAGAUCGUGCUUCAGGCAUCUAUUUCAAUCUUAUCUACCAAUUACUUCAACCAAUUUCUGAACUUCCAUGGCCUAAAGUGAUACUGGGUAUCCUUGCGAGCGUCGACGGCAUGUUAGACUCAGAGAAUAAUAAGAAGGGGAAACAUGUUUCCGAUUACCUUGAUCUAGAUCUGGCAACUUUUUCUGCCAACAAAACAUGCAGUAAAAGAAUGAAAGAUACUGAAUCAAACAAAUUUUUAUCAAUCACACAAGAAUCAGACACAAAUGUUAUUGUACCACGUAUACUAUCUAGAGGUGAUCGACUUCCGUCAGAGAUUGUGACAGUUUCCUCAAGUGUAGAAAACAGUAAAAUCAGCGGCCAAGAUAUAAAAUACCCCGACGAAAUAGAAAACGAAAAAGAAAAAAUUAAUGUGAUUACUAACCAAAAUUCUAAUAUUCACUGUUUGGAUCAAGAAGCAGCUGUUAUUUACCUAGUACAUCACUGUUUAGUUCAUCUUGGAGAUAUUGCACGGUACCGUCAACAGCCAAAUGUUGCCGCUGGUUAUUACCUUUGGUCUUGGGUUGUACACCCUGAUUCUGGUCAUUCUUUCAACCAGUUAGCUAUUUUAGAAGCAACUAAGCCUUUACCUAGAAGAUGUAUGGAUGCUUUAUUUUAUUACUAUAUACGUGCACUAGCAUGUCUACAUUCAUUUCCUGCUUCUAUGAAUAAUUUAUCGAAUGUAUUGUUGGACUAUUAUAAGUCAUUUGAUUUAUCUUCUAUAUGUUUUAAUGAUAAUAAUAAUCAUGAGAAACUACAUACUGAUUCAAUGAAAGAUGUAAUAUUAAGUGCAAAACGCUGGCCAAAAUUUACCAAUCAACGAAUACGAACACUUAUACAGUUUUAUGCAGCACUCCAUUUGCAUACAGAUCCUGUCAAACUGAUAAAAAUGGCUGAUGAUCUUUUCGAAAAUAUGAACAACUGGAAUAGAGUAGAAUUGAACAAAAAUCAGUUGAUACGUAUAUUGUGUAUUCAUUUCUAUUUAACUGACCAAUACUUAUCAGACACGAAAUCAAAUCUAUCAUCAUUUCAAACAAUAGAUGGAAAAUCUUUUAUGCUGAAUGAAUAUCAAACGGGCACCGCUCUACUCUUAUGUUUAACGAUUUAUUUAAUUAAUUGGAUUACUUCAAGUAUAGUUGGUAUUACAUCAGAAACAGUAUCAUUAAAUAAACAGAUUUCAAGUACCAUACCAAAUGAUGAAACAAUCACCAAUGUUAGUAACAACGACGAUGUCAACAAUGAUAAUAGUAAUAAUUCGAUCAAUAAGGAUGAUAAUUCCACCUUACUUGUUUCUUCGACUGCAAACAUUCAUCCUACUUCUAAUGAUAAUAAUAAAAUUGACAUAGCAGCAUGUAAACUGGAAUUAUUAAUUGCAUUGAAUUUAUUAUUCCUCUGGUUUCGGUCAAAUCGCUUCACUGAGAUUAAUGCAGGGAAUAAAUCAUCUUAUCAACUGACGGAUAAAUUAUUUCAAUUAUUAACUCCUACAUUCACUGAAAAUACAGUGUACUUUUUAAACAAUUUACUUAAAUACUAUAAGCCGUUAUUACGUGAUGUCGAUAAUCAUAAUGGUGGGCAAAAACAACCUACUGAUAUACCUGUACAAGUAAACAACAACAAUGAAAACACAAGUGAUAAUGUUAAUAGCAAAAUAAUCGAUGCUGAUAUUGUUGAAGGAGAACGUGAAAAUUCUUUUCUCAUUGAAAAACAUGUCGAUCCUUGUGAUGAUGAUAGCAACCGUGAGAGUGAAGUCCAUAACAUCACUCCCAUAGAUUGGAUUCGUUUGAUGAAGCUGCCUGAAAUGAUCGUAUUACAAGGUUUUCAACCACUUCAUAUACCAACACAACGUUCAUUAUGUAGUUCAUCAACAGAUUACAAUCCUGUACAUCCAUUCCUUCUUGAUUUCUCCAAUGAUAAACUAGAUGAAUUAAUAAUUCCAAACAACGAAAAUAUGCACGAAACUAGUGUUCCAAAGCCCAAAGAAGUUGGAUUGGAACGUGUCCUGUGCCUGUUAACAUCCGCUCGGUUGGUUUAUGUGCAUUCUUCUAAAAACGUUUCACUAAAUGUUUAAUGUAAACAAUGUUCUGCAAAUUUUUGUUUCUUGGAUUUUAAAUUACCACUAUGGUAGGAAAAAAGCAAUAUAUAUGUUCCAUUUUUCUUGAUUACCAGUACACAUAAAAUGCAUCUUCGCAUAUGUGUUUACUCAAAAGACAAUUGUAAGUUAGUAAUUACUUUACAGUUAUUGAAAUGAUCGUCUGACCGAUUGAUAUACAAAGUAUAGUAAUAAUUGCAAAGACAGUCCCAAUAGAAAUUGGUUUGUUAAGCGUCCAAACCAAACGCAACUCUUUACAAUACUAUUGAAAUCUAAAAGUCGGCACACGCUGAACCAAUUCUGUUUGUAAAUUAUAUCUUAUUAUUAGGUUGUUACUAUUAUUAUUAUAUUGAUUCAUAGAUAUUGUUAGAUAUUAUUUGUCAGUAUUAAGAAUCAUAACACUUGCAUAAAAUUACUGCAAUAAACAUAUCGAUGCUGUUUUAGUCAAUCUGUUUUAUUUUAUAUCAUCGUAUCACUUGUCGUUCUUAUCAUUACUACGUGUAUGUUUCCUCGUUCAUAUAUGUGUUUUUUUUUCGUGUACUAUUCACUACUUUCAAUCAUACCUCUGAGUAACAACUCUUUACAUUUUUGUUAUACUUCGUCCGCGGGUGCCAUUAGCCUCUCCAAUCCCCCUGUAAGGGUCUCAGAACCACAGUUGUGGGUCUGUUGAGUUCAGCUCACCGAUUUCUGUUGCGGAUGUGUUUUUUCAAUUAUUCUCAUACUUUGUAUAUCAAUCAACCCAGCGACUGUUACUACCAGGAUUCUCAGCAUUGUCUAGUUUCUUGGAGGCAGAACACUUUAUUUUAGCGCACAACUCAAAAUAUGCAACCAGCAAACAGUAAGAGAGAAGCGAGUGUAUCCAAACAAAUAUGUAAGCUGAUGAGUCAUACUCAACUAAAUAUGUAUCUAGAUGAUUUCAGCAAUUAACGUUUAAGUACGCAAACGAAAUGGCGCAUAUAAUACAUACAACUAUCCAUACUUAAUCAUGGAUCCACUUAUUAAUUACACACAGACUUAAGGCUUAAAAUAACUCGAUUUUUAUGUCAGUCACAAGUUAAUUCACAAGCUCAACUCGUUCGACCAUGUACAAACUUGCAUAUAUAUAUAUAUAUAUAUAUAUAUAUAUAUAUAUAUAUAUGAGCUGGUUCAGCUCAGAGACACCUUCAACAUCUUCGUCCUGAGAUACAAAUAUUUCCUACAAUACAUUCAUGUCGUUGUACUAAUUUAGUUUUGCAAUUUGGUCUUAUGCACUUAUGUGCGAUUCAUCCAAUCAAUUAGUCUGCAAGCAACCUAGGACCGGACAAAUAUUUAUUAUCCGUUCAAGUUGCUAGAGAUCUAAUUUGCUCAUUCAUAAUAACAUUAUUAUCACUAAGUGUUUUGUCUGUUGUUUUUUUCUAAUCUGAUAUUAUUACGUUUUGCUGAAAAUAGAUAUGUAGCUCUAAUGUUCCCAUCCCUAGUAAAUUGGAUUCCGAACUCUAGAGAUAAAAAUCCAGAUUCCACAGAAACAACUGUCUGGUUUGGUUCAUUCUGUUACAAAACUCAUUCCUCAAGCAAUUUAAAAGACAUGUUCAGUGUACUUAACAAACCUACAACUAUUACAGCUAUUAAUAGUAAUAUUAAAGAGACUCAGUCAAAUAAAACAACUUUAAAUAGCUUUGAAGAGCUACGUUACACCGACACUAAUCCUGUGCAUUUUAACGCUGUGCUUAACAAUAAUGAACAAGUUAAUCUUGAAGAGUCUGACAUACAAAAACCGAUAAACUUUGAUAUGUUGAAUGUAAGUAAAACAGUUGAUUAAACAUUAUUCUAAAAAUUAAUAAUUCCUUUAUUAUUGUAUUUCCUAUUACUCUGUGUUGAUGGAACUAUGACUUAACAGUUACAACACUCCGAUUUUAAGAACCAGAUCACAGGUAUGAACCCUCUUUUACUUCUGCCUGAGUAGUUGGACACAGACCUGUACUUGAUAUGCAAUUUCUAAGAGAAACACCUACAAAAUUUGGGUGUUCGAAGUGAAAAGCACCGGUUUUAGGACCCGAAAUAAACAGCAACACUGUGAUCCAGAUGCGUCCAGCAGACGAGUCCCAAGUAUGACGAAACGCACAUCCUGGAUUCCCAUGCUAGCUAGCAUCCAUCUUUGCCUAUCUACAAGGUUAUGUUUUGUUUAGAUCAGGGAUUUUAAAAAAUAUCAAGUGUAUUUAUGGAGAAAAUGGAUAGGUGAUCAUCAGAUAUAUAAAUACAUUAGGUAUAACUAGUCGAAAAGAAAUGCUCAAGUUUAAACUCUGUAAUUAAUCGUAAAAAAAUAAACGAAACUCCCAUCCAUAAAUCAAUCUACAAAGAAAUGACCUCUACGAUUCUGCUUUUCUUCGUUUAUCUCUUUUGGUUUAACCGUAUAGAUAUUCGUCAGUAUAGAGUUGCGGAGAUUGUUGAGCUUCAUUGAAAUCGUGAACCGACCUAUGUUAGACCACCACUGAAAACCUGGGAGCGUUAGACUACCGUUUUGUUCUAGUAUGGGACUCCUCGGCAAUUUAGGUAUUCACCAACGAUACUCCUAAUCCAAACUUUCUUCUAUACUUUGCAAAAAAUUAAAGUCAAGAACCUUACAGCCGAAAAUACUACAAAUACAAUAAGCUUAUCAAAACAACUAUUAGUGAGAGUUCGAAACCUCCGUUUGUUGAUAUUCAAGACUGUAAUCGAUCGGUCUCUGCUGUCAUAUAUGCAUUCUAAAUGGAUUACAUCAAUAUGUCGUCAUUUUUUAAAUCUCAAUAUAUUUGAUAUGCAGAACAAAAAAGAUACAUUCCAUUCUAUUUAGAACUUGUUAGGUGAAUAUACCUCCGCAGUAGAUAAUAUUUUGACUGUUCGAAGUGAACAUUACUACGUCUGAGUCUCAAUGUAAACAUCGACACUGAGAUUAAGGUUCACUUAGCUGACUAGUCCCAAAUAAAAUGAAAAGCUCAUUGUGAACACCCGAUGCCAGCCACAUACGAAAUAUACCAAUUACUAGGACAAUGUUAAUUAAAAGUUCAACUUUAAGGUUAUCAACCUUUAUUACUUGGAAUAAUUCCCUGAAUUUUUCACCGAUGACAUAAAGAUUUUUUCACCAUAGGUAGAAUUAGAUAGUUUGUUCAUUUAGCGCAACUCAUUUUUUUAAUAGACUGUUCAAUGUAUGCACUUCAUGUGUUUUUUCGCUUAACAGCAAUACCGUUCUAUAUCAAGUAUAUACCGGAUACUCUUAUUGUCUAACAUUGUUUAGUCUUAUCAAACCUUCAAAUAUUUAUAAGCAUUUCUAGAAAUUACAUUUCACUACUGUGUUCAUAUUUUAAUGAGAAGUAAAAAAACUGAAUCUGAUAUUAAUUAUUUGCCAUUUCUCUUUUUUUUAAUAAAUAUGAAGCCUAAUUUGCCUGAAUCGGCUCCUCCUUGUGGUAACGGCAAUGAACAAUUAUCUAAUAUCCCUGUAACUAUCCAUCAUAAAACAAUAAGAACUAAUUCAAUAAGUAAUCAAACCACAGAAUCAUCAUCUCCCGAAGUAACUACAUCAAACGAUUUUGUAGUAUCGUCAACUGCAUCAUCACUACCUUCCUCAUUACUAUCUCAUGUUGGGACCUCUGGUGGACUUAUCAUGAAUGCAGAGUUAGCUAAAUUUAUUCAAGAACAAGCCAGCCAGGUUGCAGCUAGACAACAACGAUUCAAUAUGCCUACUAAUUCCAUUAUUAAUGACGACCAGCAACAACUGGAUUCCACCGGAGCAUCCAUACCCACUACUGUUUGUGGAAAUUCAGAUGUUGGUUCUCUAAGAGGAAAUUUACCUAUGCCAGGAGUAGGAGGAGUAGAAACAUCUUUAUCAAGACUAAGCUUAAGCGCAACAUUCAAACGAAAUCUGCCACCAAGAUAUGCUAAAUUAUUACAAGCAAAAGAAUUACAAGAAAAAGAGGCUUUAAAAAGUCGAUACGGUCACCAAACGCAGAAAGAGUUAAGCUCAUCCCUACUGCCACUUGAUAAACCUGCUCCUUUAGCACGUAAAGAAUCGGAAGCACCCACAGACCUUAUUUGUUUAUUAUCAUCAUCUGAUGUAAACCCAGUUGUACUACAGCAUCUUCAUGAACAGCAUAUUCAACAACGGCCUCAAUGGUUUUAAAUUAAUUCCAUGAAUUAAGAAGAGAAAAUUAAGUAAAUGACAAUGACAACAUUAACACCAAGAUCUUAUUGAAGAAAAAGAAAUAGUAGUGGUAGUAAGAGGAACAGAAAAUUCCAAUGAAUUUAUUUGGAAUGUCUUCAACAUCAACAAUCCUGAGAUAUUAUUAUUCUGCACUAUUCUCAAAAAAAAACUAGUUCAAUGCCAUUGUAUAAGUUUGUUGAUUCGUAUGUUUUGUCGUUUUAGAAAACAAUUAAAUACUAAACUGUAUAUUGUAAUAAGUUAAGAUAGAAUUGCUUGUUUCCUGUUUUGUUAUUUUGUACUGUAUUUUUUAGAAUAAUGAGAUUUAUUUCACAUCUUGUUGAAAUUUGUAAAAAAGAAUUAAUUGGGAUUGUGAAUGUAAAACUGUUUUUCAGAUAAAGGUAUACAUAUAACUCAUGAGUGAGUAUAAGCGACGACAGCCAAGACGAAAGGCUUAUUUAGGUGGUAAUAAAUGUUGUGACUAGUAAUUCCAUUGAGAUAAACGCAACUCAAGUGUUUUUGUUCUAUUACAGAAAGAAUUAUAGAACAUUAGUUGUGUCAUGUGAUUUGUGUAGCCUGUUUACGUACGUACACAAAUCAUAAAAUAGAGGUAUGGUCUAUAAAGUAAAUUUCAAGAUAUUUAGAUACUAUUUUAGGCAAAUUUUAAAAACUGCACACUGUCCACUAAUAGCCUGAAGGUGAAUUUCACAGAGAUUUAUUACAACUCUCGUAACUCGCGAAAAGUCAGUCAUAUCCUAGAUAAGAAUAAAUGUCCAAAUCUAACGCUGAAUGAUAGUUUUGAUGUAUUACAUACUAAAUAAAGCAAUAGAUUUCGAUUUAGUGGGUCAAUAAUAUCUUGCUUGUUAUGUAGUCUGAAGCUCUGGAGUUUGAUUUCGUAUGUGAAUGUGACAGUACAAGACAUGCGUAAUACUUCUCCAGAUAGAGACGUUCCUGUGGAGAAAACCAUACAAAUGUAGGAAAACCAACUACCUAAAUAAUGAGGCGCUUUUUAUAAUAACUUAUUAAUCACCGUAUAAAAUCUAUGUAGAACAGACAACUCGAUUAACAUACAUUUGAAGUUUGGCGAGAUAACUAACCCGCUAAAUUGGGUUAGAAGUGUUAUAACUUGUUUGAAUGCUACUUGUUAUAUGUGGUCGUCGCUGAUUGUUGUGUCGAAAACGCUUAUCACUUACACUUGGAACGAGGGACCUCCGAAAUUCCCACGACGCGAAAGUAAAAACACAAAAACUGGUAUAAGUGAAUAUUUAUUAACCUCAAAACACGACGACAGAUUGAGAAUAAUUCAUCAUAUAUUAGGCGCAAAUCUGAUUAUCACUUCCAACAGUAAAACUUACGUUUGUUUUAGACGUCUAAACAUUUUUUUAAAUUAACCUUUUAAAUGGGUAUAAUAUUUUGUGAAACUUACUAAAAGUUUCGGGCUUAUCAUGUAGAUUUACUAACCGAAUGAGUAUUAUCAUGAAAUAGAUGCCCAUAAGUAGUUAGUCUCAAGUUAUUAUUCAAGAUUAUAAACCGCUUUCCGGUUCAAAUAGACUAUUAGGGUUUCAUAAAUAUUGCACGUGUCCGAAUUAGAGUUAACAGUGAGAUAUCCGGACUUAAAUAAAUGACUGGUUCGAAAUUACGAAGACUAGCCAGUUAAAUUCAAAUACUCCAAGUUAUUCGUCAUAUAUACCUGUUAGUCUGGUGUGUGUGCCACUGACAUCGACAGAUAUAAGUAGUAUGUAUCAUCAAUCGAAAGUGAAAUGCCUGGCGGCAAAAGAUUGAGAAGAUCGAAGGAAAGAGAACGAGAACAGAGAAUGAUUGGUGUGGAAACGAAAGAACAACGAAGUCUGGGACGAUUGAUAGACAUUUUGCAAAUGAAGUAUUUAUUGUAUGGUUCUCAAAUUUUACUAAGAGAUUCUGUAAUUUUGUGUACAAAUACUUCCGGUUAUUCCCACUGGUGUUUUCGUUCACUAUAGUAGAACUAAUAUGUGUUAAGGCUAACAGGCAUACUUUAUUUAAAAGGUUGGGAGAAAAUAUUUUCUGAUGGUAACCGAAGUAUGGAUCGACUUUGCGAACACGGUUGUACGCUAGUUUACUUCCCAUGAUCCAAUAGUAAUGCGAAUGACUGGUCCUCCCCUAUAUUUUAAGUCUCAAACCCUGAUUAGAAAUAAGGUAUUUUCUCAUGAUCAUAGCAACAGCUUAGAACAAGCUUUUAGCCAUAUUUAUCCCUAUUCUACGGUACUUACAAAUUAAAAAAUGGAUCACAUUGAGAAUUAACUCGAAAAUCUGAGGGACGAACUAUUUUUUCAUUGGAGGGGAUAGCAGUUUCAGAAGGAACAGUUACCUGAUUACUUAUCUACACCUGUUACCCCUCGUGAAGGAGCAUAGGCUGCUCGCUAACAUUUUCCAUCCAACUCUGUCCUGGGUAAUCCAUCCCAGUUGAUAUUCAUCCCUAUGAUGUCUGCGUCUGAUUCCUGACGCAGUGUGGUCUUUG